AGGCCCAGCGACUCUUCAGGCACUAAAGUAAUACAGCCGGUUAGUUUUCGCCCCUAUCCCUAGGCUUAUCCCUUCAAACAAUACACUCCUGUCCUUCAUUUUUCCCGUUUUUUCCAGUGAUAUCUGUGCCUCGUGCGAAGAUAUUGCUACACCACUUUUGUAAGUCUACUAUCUUCUUGGUUCUCGUCGUAGAUACUAGACACUCAUUGCUAUAAAAGAGGCACCAGGGCAUGACGUCCUGUCAACAUCUACUAGAAACUACGGAUUAUUGUGUUUUGCCUAGUUAGGUCUGCUCCACGACAAAAAUAUCAAGAAAUUACUGUACCAGCACGACAGCCAUUGGACCAGACAUUGGAGUUGUUGUAAUCACAAAUUUUUUCGUAAUAUUCUUACUGAGUAUUUCAUAAUCCUUCGGCGUAAUCCCUUCAUCCAACUGAUAUCCAUACGGCCUUACGACUGGUGAAGAGAUACCUCUCCGUAUCUUUCUUUCUCACAGCAACCUACAACCAUAUUCAUAGCUUACCAGUACCUACACCGAGCAUCAACCUGGCUCUUAGCCCCUUGAGCAUCCAUCUCAAGAUGACGUCUACGUCUUGUUUGGGUGUCGCGGCGAGCGCGUCAGGCGUCCCUCGCUUCUGCCACAUCGUUUGUAGCAUGCUCUUCAUUUGUGCGUUUGGGCUUGAUCUUGGUUAUCAUCAGCGUGGGGAUCCUGUACCAGCGCAAGCAAAGGGCUUUCUUGCGGUAUUUUGUAGACUUCAGUUGUCAUCUUCUUGACUAGUAGUUUACAAUUACCACCUGUGCUGAUAUUCACUGUUUUAACAUCAUGGAUCAUCAUCAUUAAAUCGUGGAUGGAUCAUUACCGUCCUCAUUAUCCUCAUAAACCCUCGUCUGUACACCACCUUAUUUUUGGGGCCACCUCUUACACUACACUAAUCUUAGACGCAUGGGCAAAGCGAUUCAAAUCAUUACACUACAGCAGCCACACCAAGUAUACAGACAAAUCUUAUUUUUGAAACGUUUUGAUCUAGGUCAAAAGAUACCUCAAGACCAGGUAAAUGAAUGAAUGUAUCAAAUCAUCACACUACAGCAGCCACACCAAGUAUACAGACAAAUCUUAUUUUUGAAACGUUUUGAUCUAGGUCAAAAGAUACCUCAAGACCAGGUAAAUGAAUGAAUGAAACCAAACCUGAUACUCAUACUAGUAGUGCAAAAAGUGGUGGAGAUGCAACCUCUAAUUAAAAGAUCUUACACCCCACGAGUGGGUGCAUCUAUCUAUCUAUCUAUCUAUCUAUCUAUCUAUCUAUCUAGUAGAGUGAGAAGAAAGAUACAUAUUUACUCAUUUCUACAAAUCUCAACACGCCCCUCCACCAACUUCACAGAAACGAACAAGUUCCUUGGUGAAUCUAUCCGGCAAUCUGGUAGCUUGUACUUCUAAUCAAUUUGAAGAGAUUGUCGAUCCUCUGGUGAACCGUUUUUAUGGCGUGACGGCGGAAGAGUUGGGUCUCUCUUCCGAAGCAGCAUCGGCCUUGGCACAGAAUCUUUGCGCGGCUUCUCAGAUCUUUAAUGUGCAAUGCUCUAGUACAGGCGCGACAGGAGCCGACGAGAAACUUAAACAACUGCAAGCCGUCUACAAGACAGUGACGGAGGUACUUCAAUAACUUAUUUUCUCUAUAGUAUUUAUUUAGUUACUUACGACGAAGACGAACUAGCACUACUACUAGUAACUAGUACCAGUUCUAGGUGUAAAUUUUCAUUCCCGCCAACAAGCUCCCAAUCUGCCUUGUAAGUAGUUAAUGGAGAAAGAACAAGGAAGCUCAGACGAAGUUUCAAUAUUUGGCUCCGCACACUACACAAUGAUAAACAAAAACAGGCUGACGGGAGUGGAACUGCUGCGUGGUUGUGGGUGAAUUUAAGGCUUGUCGUUACUGAGCUCAUUGUAGACACUUGCAUGCCCAUGCUUCCAUGUAUAUCAAGGACACCUCAGGGAGAACUUCUAAAUCCCUAAUCUAGUGGUAGUACGUGACUCGUCUCUCUUUAGUUGAUUAUAGAGAUAAGAACAGUCAUAUUAGAUUACAGUCAUGUUAUUGGCUUGUUUUUAAUAUCGUGGAAAUGGUCAGGCACAGUGUCAAUCCUUGUGGAGUUUAGUACUAGUCUUCUAAUGUAUGCACUUUCUGCGGACCUCGUUUGGGGUGGCUAUCUCCCGGACCAGCGGAAGGACCUGCGUGCCGCAAUCUACAACCCGUGUGGAGAAAUGACAACGGUUUACGACGCAGGCGCAGGAGCUCAGACGACUGCGGACGCUUUUGCGGGGAAAAUUGAAGAAGAUAUGAGCCAAUUUGCGAAAGCAAACGAGAAGUUGGUGCCUGAAAUCAGCGUGAUCACCGACGAGAAGGUUUUUCUUGACCCAUCUGAUGGUGACGAUCCGCUUGUGGUGUAUAGACUGCUCCGGGGCCCGAUAGAGGCAGAUGUUAAGGCUUUCCUUCACAUUUUAAUUUAGGGAGUCGCGGCUAGGACGUGAUCUUACUUGUUACAAGUACUUAUUUAUUAGACUUUCGUUUUUAACGUCGUGGCUUGACAAUUUAUUUCCGGCUGCGUCUCUAACAUGAUCUCAAACUAUAGAUAUCUUCUUCAUGAUCAGUGUCGCUCGCAAAAAGUCGGCCGUAUACAGCGGGCGUUCCUGAGCGGUGUUUUUAUCCUGGGAUGAGACCAUUCAUUAUAUUUUUCGUGAUGGAGCUCUAGGCUUAUUUGGUAGUAGAUAGGUACCUCUUGACUGAUUUCCUUUUACUUUUUGUUUUUCCUAGGUAGGGCUCCACUAGAAUCAUGUAUGAUGCAGCUCUAAUCCGCAAUCGACAACAUUGAAGUGGGGCGGAUCGCAACUGAUGACGAAUAACCUAAAUACGGUCAUGCGGAACGAACAUCCUCUGAACAUUUUGCAAACGCAAGAAUCUGGAACACCGACAGCAGUGCUUGCGAUUGGUGCGGGAUGGGAAAGCAAGAUGACGUCACCAGAGACGUCACCAGAGGCGAAAGUGCGAGCGCGGAAGCAGUUUAGCAUGUUUCUUCCCGCGAUGUCAAAGCGCCUCUCCAUUGGCAUGCUCGAUAUGGCUGCGGUCGCAAGGGACUUUCUCGACGACGGGACGCUUGCUUUCGUAGCCAUUAACGGUAAGCACGUGUGGAGUGAGUCCUUGAACGUGCCCAAGCGGGACUUACCUCGAUUUUGGGAGGGGGCGUUAACUGGAUUUUGGGAGAUUUUUGAUUUUGCUUCUGAUGCCGAAGCGAUCUUUGACUACGUCUGGCGCGAUAGGAUUGCCGCUCAUAAAGAAGGGACCGCCGCUCCGCCGUGGCCGCUUUUGAAGAAGUCAAACGUGUUUUAUUUUAACAGCUACGUGCCUUUAGCGCCAUUCCCUAAGUCGCAUGCUUUUAAGUUUGGACACUGGCGGUCUGAUGCGCGCGAAACGCCAGCUGUGUUCUACCGCAUAUGUCAGUACGCGGACGGCGCGCGCUACGUCUGCGGAUACCACGGGAUCUGUCCCAAUGUGAAAUGUGAUUAUGCGGUGGAUGACAGAAGUGUCCAAGGAGGUCUUCCGAGGAUUCGUGCGAAAAACGACCGGAUAAAGAAGACCAACUGCAUGGGAGUGCAAAGCAGAUUGGAUGAGUUGAAGUUAAGGCUCAGCUUUCAAUGGUCAUCAUUUAGAUUGGAGUCACUGAGAUCGAAGAGGCGACCCCUUGAGAGGGAAAAGGGGAGAAGGGAAAAGGGAAAGGAGAGAGCUUUGACGGGGGUCCCUUCCGUUCAGAGUCAGUGACCAUUGAAGGCUGAGCUUUAAUGAAGGUGCAGAGUAGCUACUGGAAUGAGUUUGACAAGCUGCCGCCCUUGGUGGGGUCUCUGCUUGCUGCCGGCGUGUUGCCGGAGAGCAAGAAAGUCGAAACCUCUGCUGAGAUGAUCAGAUCGCUACAACGGGGAAUGUGCGAGAGGUGGGACCGUGAGGCCGUUUCCACGUGGAAACUUGAGGACGGUCGAUUAAGAGCGAGUGUUUUCUCAACAUCAUGAUCAUCUCUUUCAUCUCGUUCUAUUGACAUGACGUGACGACCACAGACCGUGUACUUCCAGGACAUGACUUUGCAAGUACUUGUACUUUUGAAUUAUAACUCAACCAAGAACUACAAGUGAGAAGAGCAUUCUCUUCGUGAUUUUUUGACUGGAUUUUUCCACCAACAUGAACCGUCAACAUGAAGAGGAAGAUAAAAAAAUGAUGAAACAAUUAUGCUAAAUUAAUCCUCUAAGUCCAGAAUACGGCGCUGUUACUAUUUUCCCGGGAACCUCGCACUUCCCCGAGACACAGUCACUGCGCUAUUUAAAAACGGAGAUGAGUGAAUACACGCAGGAGGGCGCUGCCGCGCAGCUUAAGGAGAUGGAACGACAGGGCAAGGCAGAUUGGGAGAUCAAGCUACAAGAAGCCCACAAUAAUGCCGUUGAAUUAUCGCGCAUCCGCGCCGCCGCCCAGAUUGCUCGCUCAAAGAUUGUCCGCGUCACGGUCGUUCGCAUUCCGAUUCCUGGAAAAGCGGAACCACAACGCACCUAUCGCACAGGACCGCCCAGACGGAAGGCACCCCCGACGGACCGAUCUGCUCAAGAACGAAGCCCUGGUGGUUGGCGAAGCGGAGCGGCAUCGCCGCGAAGUAGUGGCUCACGCGGUCGUUCACAAACUCCUAGGGAGCCGCCUAAAGUUCAACUUCGUUCCCUAUCUCCUAGACGUUCUCGAGGUUCGUAGGGUUGUGAUUUUAAUCAGUCGUAUUGGUUUCACCCGAGGAGGAAAGUUAGACUUUGAAGUGCAAGACCAAGGCUCAGGGUUUGUUUUCAUAAAUAGUAGUUCACGGUCUUCUGAUAAGUCUGCUUCUGAUAUUAGGUUUGAGUAGUUCAGAGUAAGUGUGCGGUGAUGUGGUUCACCAGAGUCUUAAGCCAUUCAAGACCUACUCAGGUAAGUAACACUAUUGAAACAACAUGAUUGGAAUAACACAAUACAAGUAUCUGUGCCACAUCAUGAUCAAUCUGUCAUUCUUGUAAACAACUCGCAUGAAGAGCUUGGAUGGAAAUAAUAAUCGAUGUUUCAAAUGCUCAAAAAUAUCUGCAAGCAAUUAUUAAUUUUUCAAAUACUGUUACUCAAUUACAAAAGGAAAGACCAAUCACAUAAUUACAAACUCGAUGCUACAACAACAUACAAUGCAACCUCUAAUUAAAAGAUCUUAUACCCCGUGAGUGGGUACAUCUAUCUAUUUAUCUAUCUAUCUAUACACGAAUUUACAAACUCGGAACUACAGCAUGAAUUUACGAACUCGGAACUACAACAUGGAUUUACAAACUCGGAACUACAGCAUGAAUUUACAAACUCGGAAUUAGAGCAAAUGCAAUGUCCAGAUGCAAAAUAUAAGAUUACUGUCAAUAGUAAAAACUGUACAUCUUCGAAUCACACAGGAGAAAGUAUAUGCCUGUCGUGUUAAGGUAGAAAGGAAGUAAAGCAACAACACCUCUAGACUAGGUACAAUCAUCAUCAUCAUUUUCAUGACUCUGGGAGAAAAUGAUUAGAAAUAGAAUGAAAAUAUUAUAAGCGCUGCAGUUGUUGCGAG